AUGAUGAUGGACCUUUUUGAAACUGGUUCCUAUUUCUUCUACUUGGACGGGGAAAAUGUUACUCUGCAGCCAUUAGAAGUGGCCGAGGGCUCUCCUUUGUACCCAGGGAGUGAUGGUACCUUGUCCCCCUGCCAGGACCAAAUGCCCCCGGAAGCUGGGAGCGACAGCAGCGGAGAGGAGCACGUCCUGGCGCCCCCGGGCCUGCAGCCCCCCCACUGCCCGGGCCAAUGUCUGAUCUGGGCUUGCAAGACCUGCAAGAGAAAAUCGGCCCCCACGGACCGGCGGAAAGCUGCCACCCUGCGCGAGAGGAGGCGACUAAAGAAAAUCAACGAGGCCUUCGAGGCACUGAAGCGGCGGACUGUGGCCAACCCCAACCAGAGGCUGCCCAAGGUGGAGAUUCUGCGGAGUGCCAUCAGCUACAUCGAGCGGCUGCAGGACCUGCUCCAUCAGUUGGAUCAGCAGGAAAAAAUGCAGGAGCUAGGGGUGGACCCCUUCAGCUACAGACCCAAGCAAGAGAAUCUUGAGGGUGCGGAUUUCCUGCGCACCUGCAGCUCCCAGUGGCCAAGUGUUUCGGAUCAUUCCAGGGGGCUCGUGAUAACUGCCAAGGAAGGAGGGGCAAGCAUCGAUUCGUCAGCCUCGAGUAGCCUUCGAUGCCUGUCUUCCAUCGUGGACAGUAUUUCCUCCGAGGAACGCAAACUGCCCUGCGUGGAAGAGGUGGUGGAGAAGUAGCUCGCGGCCGGAG